AUGGAAGCAUGGAACACUAACAACGACCCAAAGGUCAUUGGUGGUUAUUUUGUCAAUUCAGUUAAAAAUAAACUUGGGUGCCCUGAGAGAAUAAGAGCAGAUGCUGGAACUGAAAAUUGUUACGUAAAACAAAUGCAGAGUUUCUUACGCGAUGAACAUGCCGAUCGUUUUGCUGGAGUAUGCAGUUUUAUGUAUGGACGAAGUACCGCAAACCAAAAGAUAGAAAGCUUUUGGAGUAUAUUACGGAGAGAAGUAACAAGUUUUUGGAUGGAUUUAUUCAAACAGCUUCAGAUCGAUAACUACUUUGUCGGGGAUUUACUAGACAAGAACCUUAUCCAAUUCUGUUUUAUGGAUCUAGUACAGGCCGAUAUCGAUUCCACUGUUUCUGUUUGGAAUAGUCACCGAAUUCGACCGUCGAAGAUGGCAUCUCUACCAUGUGGACGACCAGCUUUGAUGUAUUCCAUUCCAGAGCUAUAUGGAGUUAGUGACUGUUUAAAAGCAGUAACACCGGAAAGGAUAGAACUUUGCGAGACAGAAUGCCUAAUGAAAGAUAAUAUUCCUUGUGAUAAAGAUAUAUUUGACCUUUGUCAACUACUCGUGAAUGAAAAUAUGUGGGAUUUUCCUGCAGAUCCCCAUGAAAUGUGUGAUCUAUACAUACAAUUACGGAAUGAAAUUAUGAACAUAAUUUAA